AAAGCUUUUUGAGUGCCUGGUUAGCCUACUUCGAUCCAGCGGUAGUCGUAAAAAAAGUGCGGACGCGUGUCUGUCGAGUGUGGUUGUGAAGCGCGGCGGUGUGUUUUUUUUCGUGAAAAUAAUUGCGGUGAAUAUCUAGCAGACAUUUAGUGCCACUGAAAACAAGCCAAGCCAAGAUGGAUCUAAACAAGAUGAAGGUGAACGAUCUGAAGGCGGAACUGCAGGCCCGCGGACUCGAUACAAAGGGCGUGAAAGUGGUUCUCGUCGAGCGGCUGAAGGAAGCGAUGGAAAAAGAGAAUGCUGGCGGCGCGGCGGAAGUGUCGACCCCAACGGUUACGGCAGCCUCCAAAAAGUUGGACGUCGGUACACCGAACCUCUCAACACCCGUACGCCGGAGUCGACGUCGGUCGAUGACGCGGUCGCCCUCGCCGGUUAAAACCGAAGUAACGCCCUUGGACAGCGUCAGCGAGGAACCAGAGCAAGCCGAACCAUCGGAAGAGGCUGCAGAUUCAGCGGCGGAUUCUUCGAGCGUCCGCAAGAAGCGCCGAACCCGAUCGAUAACGAAAUCUCCUUCGCCGGUAAAGCAACCCAACGCCGAAAAGCGGCUCGACGUGCUGGAAGAAGUUAAGGAAACGGAAAAUGCCUCUGCCCCUGUCACUACCACCGCUUCCCCUGCUGCAGCUCCAGCGGCAAGUUCACCGCCGAAAUCAGUCUCCUCCAAACCUGAAUCUCCAACCAAAGCCGCCCCGGCAACGCCGACAAAGUCCGCGACGGCAAGUCCAGCAGCGCCCAAGGCUGCUACAACCCCUACUUCUGCAACCAAGCAGCAGCAGCAGCAGAGUACACCCAAGGCCACACCGGAGAAACCGACUGCAGAAUUAGAGCCAGAGAAGAUGGAGGAAUCGGAAUCGGACGCCAAGCCGGAAGAGGUGAAGGCUGACGUUGCAAAUGCUUCCGCUACGGAUUCGAUUGUGGAAGGGGAGGGCGAAGAUACCAAUGGUGGCAACGAAGAAGAGGAAGAGACAAACGCCACCGAGGAUCAGUCGGCGGACACGAGUGUGGAGAAGGGCAAAUCCGAUGCGGAGAACAAGGACUCGAACAACAAGCCAAAGAAGGCUCCAACCCCGAUUGAGUUCAGCUCGGAAGAAAUGGAACCGGAGAUUGACGGUGGCAAGUUCGGACUGAGUUGGAUUGAUUCUCACUUGAAUUUGGAAAUCAAUUCGAACUCUUUCGACACUGCAAAGCCGCUUUCGGAUGGGGCAUUAGCGAUGGCAUGGGCCGGUGCACGUGCCAAUUUGGGCGUUCGCAAGGGCAAGGUAGCUUACGAAGUGUUGCUUACGCAUACCAACGCCAUGCACAAGGUGACGGAAGAGUUGGUCACUGCGGAAUUCCGAGCCGGAUGGUCCACCACGGAGGCGGAUCUACUGCUUGGAGAGUCGAAACAUUCCUUCGCCUAUGGCAGCGACGGCCAGAAAGCAACCGAUUGCACAUUCACCGACUACGGUGCACAGUACAAGGUCAACGACGUCUUGGGUGUCUACCUGGAUCUUGAAUCCACUCCGUGCAAGAUUGAAUACACGCUGAACGGUGCCAGCCAGGGAGUUGCGUUCGAGUUCGAACUCGAUGACUUGAACGGACAAGCGAUGUUUCCCCACGUGUACAGCAAGAAUAUCGCGUUCAAAGUCAACUUUGGGCAGCUGGAGCGAAGUCUGCUUAACGAUCGCAAACCGGAAAAGGCAAAGGAGCAACCGAAACCGGAAAAGCAGGAAACCGAGGACGAUGCCGGUGAUAAGCAAGAUGCUACAGAUGUACCCGUUGAGGAAGAGAAGAAAAGUGAGGGUUCGACCGAGGAUGCUGCUACUGAACCAGCUCCGAAAGAAGCCAAGCCACAGGAAGAAAACAAAGAACCGGAGACGGAGUCAAAGUCUGAAACGGAACCACAAGCCGAACAACCCAAGGAGGAAGAGCCGAAGGCGAUCGACCCGGACUACAUCUACAUUGCAGCGAUCGAUAAAGAAAAUCUCGUCGAAGGCAUUGCCCGACCGGAGAGUCGAGGCGAGUGCGAGGUCAUCUUCAUGAUUGGCAUGCCCAGCAGUGGCAAGACACACUGGGUCAAGAACUACUUGGCCGAAAAUCCAGACAAACGGUACACGGUGCUGAGCGUUGACUCACUGCUCAGCCAAAUGAAGGUGUCGGGAAAGCCGCGACUGCCCUCCAACACGGGCAAGUGGCCCAAGCUGGUCGACACGCUGGCCAAGAACCUAAACAAGCUAAACGAAGCAGCCGCCAAGCGGCGAAGGAAUUUCAUACUCGAUCAGACCAACACGUUUGCGUCGGAACAAAAGCGCAGGUUGCGAGUAUUUGGCGGGUUUGCUGCUCGGCGAGCGAUCGUGGUGAUUCCCGACGAAGAAGAGUACAACCGGCGUCUGAAGCAGAAGCAGGACACGUACGGAGUUGAAGUGCCGGAAGGGCAGGUGAACGUGAUGAAGGCCCACUGUUACCUCCCCACCCUGGAGCUGGGUUGGUUCACCGAGAUCACGUACGUCGAGCUGGAGGAGGAAAAGGCCCGCGAGAUGGUGCAAAAGAUGAACGAAGCAGGCCGCAAACUGGUGCCACGUGGUGGAUACAACCGUAACCAGAAUCAGUAUCAGAAUCGCGGACGCGGAGGUGGCAACCAUCAGCAGCAGCAGCGAUGGAACCAGGGCUACGGCGGUAACAAUCGCUACGGCGGACAGCAGUAUCAACAGGGAGGAGGCGGUGGUUAUAACGCGCAACGAUACAACAAUAAUGCACAGCAGUAUUCCCAGAACCGAAACUAUCGGCCUGGCAAUGGGUACGGUCGGCAAGGUGGAGGCGGUGGAGGCAGCGGCUACGGUGGCGGAGCUCGCUACGGAAACAACGACUGGACGCGGAACAAUGCUGGGUACGAUAAUCGCUUCAACAACAGAGGAUAUCAAAACAGCCGAGCCCGCGGAUACGACAGAAAUCGAGGAUACAACAGUGGCUGGAAUCAGCAAAACUCAAACUACGGCUACGGCUCACAAAACGACGACACCCAGCAGUGGUACUCGUGGUGGCAGUCAAAUGUCAAAAACUUAUUGCAGCAGCAGGGUGGCAACGGAUCGGACGCACAUUCGCAGUCCAACAUGCAGCAGUACUGGUCGCAGUAUGCAAAUCAACACAACUAUGGAAACUAUCAGCAAUCAAAGUCUCAUGGUUCGGGAUCGUCCAAGAAAUAAGUAAUUAGGCUACUUAACAACAACAAAAACAACAAACCAACACAACUAGCAAAUAAGUUAUUUUUAAACAAAAGAUUGCUCUCGCGUUUCUUGCUCGUUGCACACACACACUCUAGUGUUUCAUUCAAAUCACAAUCAGUUUGACCCUCAUCUUAUUAACUUGACACUCUGCAUCACGGAGAUACAUUAGAAGAAGUUUGAUUCAUGCGAGUUUAAAAAUUAUGUAAAUUCCAUUUUAAAAUUCUACAACGUUUUGAGCAUUUGUAAGCGUCUUGAGAGAAAGAGAGAGAGAGGCGGCAUAAUAAUUAAUUCACUCACUUCAUACAUACACGUUCACACUUUCUGUUCUCAAUCAAUCAUUCUUAUGAGUUAAAGACUUGCAGUUACAGUAAGUUGGCCGGCGUGAGUCAAUGAGCUGCGCGCGCGAUGAACGAUUCGUUUUCAAAAACAGUACUGAGAGAGAGUAUAAAUUAUGUUUUACCUUUACCUGCUACCGUUUAGUUUAUUCAUUAUCGUUCGUGUAGAGUUCGUUCAGUGCUUGUAAAUUGUUUCCUUUUUUCUCGUUUUAAUACCUUAUUUCAUUGUUUUAUAGUGGAGUAUGCAUUGAAGACAAAUGUAAUUUAAUUUACUGAUAUAGACGAUUUAACGAAUAAGCGUGUGAUAUGAAAUUUUAAUAUUUCAUUUCAAUAAAACCACUGUAAAAAAACUAAA